GCUGCGGGAACACGAGCACGAUGACACGGUCUACAUCGUGGCCACCAACAUCGAGAUGGCCUUGCAGAUUCCCGCGGGAGGCUGGUUUGGCCUUACCCAGCUGCGGAAAGGGAUGGAGGUUGCCGUGAACGAGCUUGGCCCGGGCGAGUUGCUGGGGAAGACAUCGGCGCUGGAGCGUUUCCACAAUGGAAAAUGGCAACUGCGCUUUGGCGACGAGGUGACCUUUCUGGCUCCGGAACAGCUGGAUCUCCGGCCAGACCCACAAGCGCAUAAGGAGUUGGCAAAGCAAAGGAAUCGGAAGGUGUCCAUGAAGGAGGAAGAUUUGGCGCAUCAGGC